AUACAGAUGUGUUUCAUAUCUCUCCAUAGGGAAAUCUGAAUUUGAUUACUCAAGCAUUGGGAGCUGUGGGACGUAAGGUACAGGUGAUACCUGACCCAACAACCAUGCAUUAUCGCCUACCGAAUGACCUUUCUAUUCGAGUAUGUAGAGACUAUGAUGACUUCAUUGCAGAGCUCGUGAACAGAUUCCCACAUGAAAAGGAAGGAAUUCUCAAGUUUUAUAGUGAAUGUUGGAAGAUCUUCAAUGCUUUGAAUUCCAUGGAAUUAAAAUCAGCAGAGGAACCCCUUCGGCUCCUCAGACAAUUUUUUAAGAAGCCACUCGAAUGCUUGACACUUGCUUUUUAUUUGCCCCAGAAUGCUGGCGACAUUGCUCGGAAGUUCAUAAAAGAUGCCCAGUUGCUCUCCUUUAUAGAUGCGGAGUGCUUCAUUAUCAGCACCGUGAAUGCUUUAAAAACACCAAUGAUCAAUGCAAGCAUGGUCCUAUGCGACAGGCAUUUUGGUGGAGUCAACUAUCCUGCUGGUGGAGUAGGAGAAAUUGCCAAAUCAUUGACAGAGGGUUUGCAAAGCCAGGGUAGUCAAAUACUAUACAAGGCAAAUGUAACCAAUAUUAUUGUUGACAACGACAAAGCUGUGGGAGUGAAACUGUCGGACGGGAGGAAUUUCUAUGCUAAAACCAUAAUAUCAAAUGCUACCAGAUGGGAUACUUUUGGGAAGCUUUUAAAGGAAGAGAAUCUGCCAAAGGAAGAAGAAAAUUUCCAGAAGAGAUAUGUUAAGGCACCUUCUUUUCUUUCUAUCCAUGUGGGUGUUAAAGCAGAUGUUCUACCAGCCAACACAGAUUGCCACCAUUUUAUCCUUGAGGAUGAAUGGGAAAAUUUAGAAAAGCCUUAUGGAAGUAUAUUUUUGAGCAUUCCAACCGUGCUUGAUCCAUCAUUGGCACCAGAAGGGUGUCAUAUUCUUCAUAUAUUUACAGUUUCAAGCAUAGAGGACUGGGAGGGGCUCUCUCAGAACAGUUACAAUGCAAAGAAGGAGCUUGUGGCCGACAGAAUCAUAAACAGGCUUGAAAAGACACUAUUUCCAGGCCUCAAAUCUUCCAUUGUUUUUAAGGAGGUAGGAACACCAAAGACACAUAGACGUUACCUUGCUCGUGAUAGUGGAACAUAUGGACCAAUGCCGCGCAAGGCUCCAAAGGGUUUGUUGGGGAUGCCAUUUAACACAACAGCUGUAAAUGGACUAUAUUGCGUUGGGGAUAGUUGUUUUCCAGGUCAAGGUGUCAUAGCCGUGGCCUUUUCUGGAGUAAUGUGUGCUCAUCGUGUUGCUGCCGAUCUAGGAUUUGAGAGGAAAUCCCCUGUGCUGGACAGUGCUUUUCUUGGGCUACUUGGUUGGCUACGAACAUUGGCAUGAUAACAUUGUACAUUUGUUCCGGUAUGAAUUAAACAUACAAUGAUAUAUUCACUUGCAAGUGGCAAUGUUUGAGCUCCCGGUAAAUCAGCAUGACACAUUAUAACUGUCCAUUGCUUCUCACUUUCUAUGAGGUUUUGGGCAACAAGUAUAGCAAUGCAUUGAUGGUCUAAUUACUCUUAUAGAACGGUAAGUGUUUGUUUUGAGUAAGUUUCUAUACAUCUUGACCCCAAAACUCCAAUGAAAUAGGGAUUUUGCUGGGUUUGCUGAUAUUUUAUGUAUGCCUAUUAUGUACUAUCUAUGAAGGAUUUGGCUCAAGUUAUGCAUACCAAAUACCAAUAAAACUACUGUUAUGCA